GUUUGAUUUGGGGGAAGUCCUUAUUAAACCCCAAAGGCUUUAAAAACAACUGUGUGUUGAUGUGGGUCACAGGACAGAGUCGGGGGCCAGAGACACACUGAGUCCUUUUGCAGCCAGGGAGGAGCGAUGCGUUCGCUCUCGUCGCUGUGGCUGUACGCGGCCCUGCCAGGCGUGCUGUGGGCCUCGCAUGUCACCCUGGUGGUGGAGGGGGACAACAACGCCUCGAGGAUCUGCAGGCCCGCCCCCCACUGGGAGAUCAAGGGACGGGCGCCCAUGCAAGAGCUGCUGGGAAACGUGGCAGUGGUGGCGCUGCUGAAGGCCAGCUGACACUUCUGUCUCACUCAGGCCCGCAACAUCGGGGGCCUGCGUGACAAGCUGAACCGCAGCAACCUGACCGAGGUGUCCUUCGUGAUAGUGAACGAGCGAGAGGCUCAGUCCAGGGCGAUGUACUGGGAGCUGAAGAGACGGGCGCCAGCCGGCAUUCCUGUGUACCAGCAGGCUCCCCUUCAAAACGAUGUGUGGGAGGCGCUGGAUGGUGACAAGGACGACUUCCUGGUCUAUGACCGGUGUGGUCUCCUCACCUUCCACAUUGUGCUGCCAUUCAGUUUCCUGCAUUACCCCUAUGUAGAGGCUGCAAUCAGAGCCACUUAUCAGAAAAAUAUCUGCAACUGCUCGGCUAAUUCUACGUUAUCAAGUGGCAAGAGCGGCCUGGCGAAGAAUGCCACGGCACCGAGCACCGACCCAACGACUACUCUGCCCACAAUCCAGCCGGACACCGCUGAUCCAGAGGAGGGGCGCAAGGCACGACCUGUAAUCCACCAACACAUUCAUCAGCAUCACCUCCACCAUCAUCACCACCACCACCAUUACCAUCCCGCCAGUCAGCGGAAUCAGUCCCGGCAUCAGGACACGGGCCGGAACGAAACUCAGAAUCUUCAUCAUCACCACAACCACCACCAGCCUGAGCGUCAUCGCCACAAUCGUUAGCAAGUUCGGAAGUUGAAUCGCUUUUUUUUUUCUUUGUCUAUGUUCUGAUGACUUAGUAUCUUCUGUUUCCUGGGAAUAUUUUUUAGAAUGUGUUGAAAGUCGGCAGUUCUUUGAGCAGCUGAAUCCGUUCUGGUCAGUAGAUCAGACCAUGGUCUCUCUUCCAACGCACCUCACUCCUCCGUGUGGACCAACCAGGCCGUCCUGCCCCGUCUUCUCCAGUUAAUGAAGUCUAUGGUGAGAAACCUGCCCCGCAGGAGGCCGUAGGUGGAUGUGUGCGGAGAGACGGGGAGGACCGACAGGUAGAGUCAGUCACGCGGAGACAGAGGAUGGUGUGACCUGCAGCGUCAGCUUACUGUUUGAAAUGGAUUCAAUUCUCCUCCAGCUUCAGUUUGUACUUCCAUGAAUACUUUCUUCCCGCUGGCUACUAUAUAUACUGUUCUCUUGUCAUAACACGACUUAAGCGCCAUCUUUUACUGAUAGUGUAAGGAUUCAUAUAUUAACUUGGUCUAAUCAUUCAAUAAACACAGUAUACUGAUUCACUUGUUUGUCAGUACGUAUAGAAGAACAAAGUGUGAAUGUAGUUCACUUUAGUGCAAUAAGCUGUUUUACAGGAUUAACCUAUACGCGUGAUUUCUGUGUUACGUACUUGACCUGAAAAGAGAAUUAACUGCUUGAGCGUAACGUUUCUUUAAAAAGAAGCUUCAUUUUAGCAUUUCAUCUGUAAAAGAAUUGCGCCUGUGUGUAGUUAAUUUGGGACGUUAUUUAUCCUUUAUUGUCCUUCCCUCUUCCCUUUAUAAUAAAGAAAACCCAUUUGACACCUGA